UUCCCGCUUUCUGUAAAAACCCUAAAACCCCUUUUUCAGACUGAUUUGAACUGAGAAGAGAACACAGAGAAGCGAAAUGGGACAGAAGCAGAAGCAGGUUUUGGAACCGAGUCCCGAUAACGAAACCUCCAAGCGACGCCGUGUUGCAUUUACCGGCAUCGGUUACGAAGAUGUUGGAGUUGAAGCUAAAGACUGCAUCAGAAUCUUUCUUGUUUCUAGCAAGGAAGAGUUCGAGGAUCCGGAAAGUUUUGUCAUCCAUCCGGUCGAUUUGAAUAGCUAUUUUGAUAAUGAUGGGAAGAUUUUUGGUUAUGAGGGUUUGAAGAUUAACAUCUGGAUUAGCAGCAUAUCGUUCUACGCGUAUGCUGAUAUUGUGUUCGAGAGUAUGUCUGAUCGAGGUAAAGGGGUCACAGAUCUUCAUGAAGCUCUUCAGUCGAUUUUUGCUGAGACUCUUGUUAAAAGCAAGGAUGAGUUUCUUCAAAAAUAUUUGACAGACAGCAAUUUUGUUAGAACAAAUAUCUCGAACGGGGAGGUUUUGAAGCAGAAAGCUUUCAAGCAGCCUGAUUCGGAUGCUUCUAAUGUUGAGGUUGUUCGUUUGGUGGCAGGCAACAUGCCUACUGGACAACUUUACUGUCAUAUUAUACCCCUUGUUCUUCUCCUCGUUGAUGGUAGCAGUCCCAUUGAUGUCACUGAUCCACAAUGGGAGUUGUAUGUCAUGGUUCAGAAGACAACUGAUCAGCAGGGAGAGCUCCGAUGUUUGCUGCUUGGAUUUACUGCUGUUUAUCGCUUUUAUCACUAUCGUGGUAACUCCCGAUUGCGGCUGGGUCAGAUUCUGGUAUUGCCUCCGUAUCAGCACAAGGGUUAUGGUCGUUUCCUUAUUGAAGUGCUAAAUGAUGUUGCCAUAUCUGAAAAUGUUUAUGACCUCACUGUAGAAGAGCCGUUAGAUAACUUCCAACAUGUUCGCUCUUGUAUUGACACACAACGCCUACUCUGUUUUGAGCCAAUCCAGCCUUUAGUUUCCAAGGCUGUUUCAUUUCUAAAGGGUGGAAGACUAUCGAAGAAAACACAUUCACCUCGACUUACGCCACCUCCCAGUGAUGUUGAGGAGGUAAGGAAAAUUUUGAAAAUUACCAAGACACAGUUUCUCAAGUGCUGGGAGGUUUUGAUCUACAUUGGCCUCAAUCCUACUAACAAGUACAUGGAUAACUUUGUCAGUGUUAUUUCUGAACGUGUAAAGUAUGACAUUCUGGGUAAAGAUUCUGGAACUUCUGGGAAGCAACUUAUAGAAAUACCUUGUGAUGUCAAUCCAGAGGCGUCAUUUGUCAUGUUCAAAUCAGGGGCUGGUGAAGAUAUUAUUACUGCGCAGAUGGAUGACAAUCAGACAAACCAAGAAGAGCAACUCCAGAAGUUAGUUCAGGAUAGGGUGAAAGAAAUUCAGUUGAUUGCCAAAAAGGUUACCUCACAUCUUGAGAGUUCAGAGGUGGCUGAUAAAUAAAAUUGUCUUUCAUCACUAAAACCAUUUGCAGUUAGUUGUACAAUCACAUUAAUUGAUAUCUUGUCGCCCAUUUCUAACAUUGGCUAAGAGCAAACUAAGAGGACUCCUUGGAGUCACAGUCAGCACCUUAUUUUGGUUCUUAUGUUAUAGGCUGUACUUGUAAGUUUUGCAUCAUAAUCUCCGAAUUAUUUUUGCAUCAUAAGCCUAAACCAUUUGAUGUAGCAAGCCUUGAGCUGUGAUAAUUGAGAUUAAUGUGCAUUGCAAGAUUUUGUAGCAUCAA